AUUCGAUAUCGGUCGUCCAUAAAUUGCAAGAAGCAUGGACAACGGCGUACUGCCUGUGGCGGAUGUGCCUGCCGACGUGCUGCGAGAAUAUCAAGCUCGGGCUGCGGCACAAUGUCCUCCCACGGAUGCGCAGGAGUAUAUGUGGCGGGUGCGCUUUGAAGCCGCCUCCAUUCCCGACAUCACGACUUCCGCGGUCGUGAUCCCAAGUGUACAACCCAACACAUUGCAGAAACUGUUCUUGCCGACACUUCCGCCGUUUCCCGUACACCUUACGCUGUCCCCUGCCGCGCGCAUGCAAGUGUUGUCCGAGUUCGCGGACCUGCGGCAGUAUCUAACGUACGUCGAAGCCACGUUGGCGGCUCGGCCAACUCGCCUCGACAACAUCCCGUUCCCCAAGAUGAGCGACGAAGCGCACUGGCGCGCCUUCUUCCUUGAGAACGCCCCGACCGUCAAGGUGCUGUUACAGAUGGACCAAGUGCUUACUCAGCGCCUCCUUCACACGAUGGUCCACUGGAUGGACGACGAUCAGGAUGGAGCGGCUGAGACGAUGUCGAGGCUACGAGCUGUGUGGACGUACGGUCUCCUCGCUCGGUUAGAAAAGCCGCUGGUUGCUGACAUGGACGCUUGUGUGCGGCAGAUCUUUCGGUGGUGCUGGGAUCUGCGACACCGGAACCAAGCUAGAAAUGACCAUCGCGAACGAUCCAGCCUAAAUGUACUCGUCUGCAUUUGCGAUUUCUUUGGCCAAGGCGAGGAAGAGCAAGGGAACAAGUACAACAGUAGCAACAGCAUGUCCUGUGAUGAUGCUCCAAGUGAGGUAUCGAGGCUUCGUGAUGAGAUUCUCGGCAAUGAUCACCCCCUGCCGCCGCCAUCACCGUUCCACCACGAUAUCGCCCAUGGCGAGUAAUACAUGUAUACAUGUUUGCCUCUUCGAACUAGGCAACUUUCGU